AUGGCGGAUACUUCGGAUCUUGUUUUAGUUGCGGUGGAUGAAUGUGAUCACAGUGAGCGAGCCUUUGAGUGUGAGUAGAAAUGAAUCGUUUCCUUAAAAUAAUUUUGUGAUUAAAUCUAAAAAAAAAAUGUUUAAGGCGUUUACACACGGACCAUGGAAAAGGAUAUAUUUUUGUGAUAUAUAUACAUAGCAACACACCUCAUACUAACACAGCCCCACACUAUACUGAAAUCGAAAUUUAUCGUCAUCAGCGGAACUCUUUCAAGUGUUUCGUUCCGAUUUAAGAUUACUUUAAAAAACAGUUCGGACAAAACAGAGUAGUAUUAGAGUGGUUCUGAAAGGGUUUAUAUCUUUUGCUGCCUAUUCUCUGACGCCAAACUCCUGAUCAAGAUACAUAUCGUUCUUGUCAUCAAAAUACUUGUUGACGAUGGACGGAAAGACACGUUCUUCUCAGUCAUAUGACAUCAGAAGUAGUUUACAUUUGAAGAAAUUAUAGAUCCUUGCUGUUUUCGGAAAGGGUUGAAAUUGAGCGAUCGUGAGCAUAUAAAUUGGAUAAUUUUGAAAAUUUCGAUGUAAUUUCUAGCAUUUAUGGGCUUAAAACAGGAGCUACAUUUAAUAAAACACGCCAAAAUUAAUGUCUUCUGAUUAAACUCUUGUAACAGUUUUUUCGAAGCAAGAACUUAGCUGAGAAUUGCUUCAACGACUUAAUAUGACCAAAGUACAGUACAUUUUAUUUAGUAAUACAGUUGGAGGGUGUUUAAAACACGGAAGCAUAAAAUGAAAAAAAAAAAUGUAAAUAAAUACAUGUAUCGGCUUACUCGUAUGUUGCCGGUUAAGUAACAAUCGUCGUCUAACUUACAGGAAUAUUUCAAGUAAAUUAUUUUACAUAGGAGGUAAUCUCGACGCUGCGUCCAGCCCUGAUCCGUGUACGAUGUCUUUUUCACGAUUAUUAACUCGGUAUAAAGCGCAGAUUCAUGUUCUCAUGUAAAAGUUUUACUGCAACAACGAAAACAGCGAAAUAGGAAUUGCCGCAAGCGGGACUGAGUUUAAAAAGGCGAAUUUUUUAUUACCAGAAUUGAUGCAAUUAAACUGAUUAAACUUUAAGUGUCCGUAUUCGUAAAUCUAGUGUGCAUUGUUUCAAACAGCGUUAUCAUAUAAUAUCUCUCAGAAUUUCGUGGCAAGAUUGAAACAGUGCGUGUAUUAUUUUUACUGGAAAAUGCUCGAAAAUCCCCUUAAUAUGCUUUAAUGCUUUACUUACAACAUCGAUAACUUCUAGCUGAAAGACUUUUUCCAAACUGUGCCAGUUAAGAGAAAAUUGAAUAUUUCUUUAUUAAAACAUUUUGAGGGGCAAAGUCUUUUGCCGCCGGCCUGUGUUUUGAUCCGAUGUAGGGAAAUUUACUCUUGCUUGCGGUAAUUUUUCCAACCGAGGUUUCUUGAGUAAUAAAUAUUUAAAUAAGAAAAAGAUCACAAAAGUGCUUAAUCCGCCCACUCAGUCAUUUAGGAGGUUGUUAGAACCAGACAGACUCUAUGAUCUCUAAAAAAAUUAAAAUACAUACAUAUAUAUAUAUAUAUCGAGCCUUGCGACUGUAUCAGGUGUUUAAACUUUGUGGCCUUCAAUUUUGAAUUUUUUGUUUCUUUUGUUAAUGCUAGAACGAACGGACCAGAAAUCAAUUUAAAAAAAAAACAGAUAAAAUAAUGAUAAAAAGAUAAAGCAGAAAAAACAAAUUCUCCUCAGCUUAUUUUUCAUUUUUCUCAUUGUCAAAGAAAAAGUUGCACAUCACAAUCACGCGUCUUUUAAAUUCUUACAGUGUUCCGCUGUAUGUAUAUCUAUGUUCCGCCUGUCAAAUUGGUACUAGUCAGAGCACGCUAGACUGGUCAUUCUAAAUCUCUAGUAGCCGGAUUGCGCGCUAAUGGCCUGUUUACACAGUUUGAUUCCUCGAUGGCGAAUUUACACGCUUUGAUUUAUGGGGCUGAUCUUUCCCUCCAAAGAAAAUGCCGAAUUGAAAAACUGGCGUAAAAUUGGGUCGGUUUUUGUGUUCACCAUCCAUUCACUUUAGAAACUGUCGUUAUUUGGAAAUUCUGAUAUUUUCACCAUAUCACUACGUACGAGCUAAAAGGAAAGUUUAGAGCCUUCGUGCUCAGAUAGUGGGGACCGCCCAAAGAGACGUGAGCAGGAAAAAACACUGAGAAGGAAAGGGUGAGAGGGGUCAAAAGAAAGGCCGUACUCUCUGUCCCCCCUCCCCCUGAGGCCUUUCUUCAGCAUUUUUUCUCUCCCCAUUCGGCUGCAUUUUGCGCUACUUUCUGAACUCCGGGAACAAGCAAAAGCAGCCCAAUGACGGGGUUUUUUCAAUGACGGACAGAGUUCUCUUCUUUAGGGCUUUAAUUCCAACGAUCCGACGAAAAUCUCCACCCCUUUCACAUAGAGUCCUCCCAAGAUUUAUUAGAUGCUUUUUUAUAUUAAGUGCUUGUGUUAAUUUUUUUUCAGGGUAUUUAAGUCAUGUUCAUAAAGAUGGCAACUCGUUGAUCGUGCUCUAUUGUCACGAGAAGCUGGAUCCACCCGCUUUGCUACGUAAGUUUUCACUUCUCACUUGAGCCUGCGUGCAGACGUCUCCUAUUUCGUAUUUCAUGCAACAAGCUAAAGAAGUAAGAGACGUCUGAACGCAGGCUACUGUCACUUUGUUUGCGCCUCUUAACGAUAGCGGUAACAUAAUUUACCUUAAGGCAUGGACAACUAGGAAAAUUUGAAUACUUUGAAUUUACUUUAUUAAUCAAAUCAUACUUUAUUAAUCAGAUAAACUUUGGAAAAACGAGUGCGAUAAAAAAUUAAUUCGCUACAAAAAACUUUAAAAAGACGAACUUGACCUCUGUCACUUAUGACAAACAUUCAAAAACUGAUAGUUAUGCCUCAAGAGGUAGUCCUCAUUAUCGUGUCACUGAAGCUUGUUAAAUAUAAAUUAUAGAGGCGGCUUUAACUAGUAACUAAGAGGCAGACUUUAAACAGGUAUGAAAAUUGAUCACAAGGAGAGUCAGGUAGACAACGGUCACUGUUUGUCUUCCCUAUGCUUCGAAUACUCGUUUGCAUUUUCUUAAAAUAAAUGAACAAAUUAUUGUAUUUUGCAAAAUUUAACCCGUAAUUAUGAACAUCACAAACUGUGUAUCCCAGUUUCACAUUUGGAGGGUGCAAGUAAUUCACGUGAAAAGUUUCCUGGCCAAUGGGGAGAGGAAAGGUACUUUGGUUAUGCUUCCAUAUAGCAAACACGAGUUUAAUGUUUUUAGAAAAACAAUCGCUAUUCUUGCAGAUUCCCAGCAUUCGGAGGAGUGGAAACAAACUUUGAGGGAACAUGAAGAAAAAAAGGACAGGGUUAUUGAGAAGUACAAGACAAAAUGCGAGCAAAAAAGGGUGAGAACAUUGACUGUUAUCAUUAAGAACAUACUUUUAAACAGUUCAUCUAAUCACCAGUUCUCUCUCCUCACAGAGGUCCCCGCUGGGUAUCCAAUAAAAGGGACCUUAAGAUCCCACGACGGCGACGGCAACGAGAACUUCAAAAAAGCAAUAGGUUUGAUAAGCAAAACAAGAAUUUUGCACGUGCACCACGCCUUUUUGUACAUUUCUUUGCCAGCACUGCACGACUGCGACGUGAAACUUCCUAAAUUCACGUUUUAUGGCGGAAGUAAACAAACGACGACAAAAUUUUCUCUCUUUUUUUGAACUUGAAAAUUGCUCUUAGGAAUUCAGAAUUCGCCAAUAUUUGACAAAAUAAGUGAGUUGCAAUGAUAGCGAUGAAGAUUGAAAGAACGCGAGCUCACUUUUUAGGCGAUGUUUUCGCCACCGUCGUCGUCCUCAGAUCUUAACGUCCCUAAAAAUAGCUUGCACGCGGGGGACGAUAGGGCCUCUGUCAUAUAAUGCAUUCAAGAUGGCGCCGGGUUUCCGAGGAACACUGGAGCUAAGUCGCACCCUCUUCAAUGUUUACAAAAUGGCAGAUAUGCUUCAACAGAUUUCCCUUUUCGUGCGACCCUUUCCCCUUCCCAUCGUCUCCCGCGCGCUUUCUUUUUUCCCCUCUACCCAGCCUCUCUACGACACGAAGAGGCCGCUGCGGAGGAGAGAGACACAAGUUGAAAGCGGCACUUAAGGUUAUACGCGGACGAUUCGCACCUACGAAUUUUAGCGCAACAAUCGGUAACUAGACUUCGACAUGCUUUAAAUAUAGCAAAAUGGUUUGCUCAUUGUCGCAGAGCUUCUUAUCAUAUCUAUUGUUAUGGAGUUUUGCUUUGACUGUACCGGGAGUCAUCUCUAAAGUUCUCAGUAAUUUAAUGUCAAUAGUCAUAUUACACGUUAGUUGGCGUUGAUACUAAUUUCUCAUUAUUAUGCGCUUUUUUUUUCAGCUGAAGGCAAAAAUCAAGGUGGAGUUCGGUAAGGCCGGAGAGACUAUCCACAGAAUUGCUGAAGAAGAAAAAGUCAGUUUUAUCGUAAUGGGAGGCCGCGGGCUCUCAACACUGCGGCGAACGCUUCUAGGAGGAGUCAGUGAUUACGUCAUGAAGCAUACCCAGAUCCCUGUUUGCUUCGUGCCAGGGCACGGUGGACAUUAA